AUGGAGCUCACCAGCGCCGCGCUCCGGCGAUCCGUUCUGCCGUCGGAGUCCCCGGUGGCCGCGAGGGUGGGGAGGAGGAGGCGACCGACCAGGGUGGCCUGCGUCGGGGGCGCGGGGUUCGCGGAGGAGGGCCACCUCAGGUACUACGAGGCGGCCCCGCGGAGGAAGGCGGUGGAGGUGGUGGCGAGGGACCUGGGCAAGCUCCGGGCCAUGGGGCUCGUCGCGGGGGACGCGGCCAAGGAGAAGGUCCUCUCGGAAGCCACAGAUCUGCUGCUGCAGGAGCUGAGCCAGAUGAAGGAUGAGGAAUACAAGAUAAAGAAGGUAGACAAAGAAGAGAAGGCUGCUAUGAAAGCACUGAAGAAGCAGGAGAAGGGCGCCAAGAAGACUGCCAUCACGAUGAUGAAGUGUGAAGAAGAUGAGUCCUCUUCUGAGUCAAGCGAGAGCGAUUGUGAGGAUGAGGCAAACAUGAAUGUUGAUCAGGGCAUGAUGAUCUCAACAGCGGUUCCCGAAGUUGUUGCAUCAAGCAUCGCAGCUGUCUCCGCGAUGGAGUGUGAUAAGGCUGCAAUGAAGGCCAUGAAGAAGAUGGAGAAGGAACAAAUGAAGGCUACAAAGAAGAUGGAGAAGGAACAGAAGAAGGCCGCGAAGAAGGCCAUGAAGAUGGAGAAGGAAGCAAAGAAGAUGGCAAUGGCUGCACUGAAUGGCUGCAGGGACGAAGACGAUUCCUCGUGCUCAUCAGAGUCGAGCGAAAGCGAAUGCGAGGGGCAAGUUGUCAGGAUGAGCCGCUGCGCUACAAUCACCGCACCAGAAAUGCCAUCUCCAAGCACAGGUCUCCCCAUCAUAGUUCCUCAAAUUCCAGCACCUUUGUCACCGGAACCAUCUCAACCUUCAGAGCUAGCAACCGCGGUGCAAGCCACCAGGGUCAGCAGCGUUGCAGUAGCUGAGACAUCCACAACUAGCAGAAUUGAGGUCUGCAUGGGCGGCAAAUGCAAGAAGUCAGGCGCGCUUGCUCUUCUGCAGGAGUUCGAGAAGGCUGUGGGUACUGAAGGUGCGGUCGUUGGCUGCAAGUGUCUGGGGAAGUGCGGCCUUGGUCCCAACGUGCGGCUGAGGAGCGACGUCUCUGCAGAAGGUUCCGCAAAGGGGAGCCCACUCUGCAUCGGUGUAGGUUUUGAAGAUGUUGGCACCAUAGUGGCAGGUCUCUUCGGAGACGCUGAUCUAGGCAUGACACCCACCUAG